UCAUGACAUGCACAAUUUUUACCUGUUGCCUGCGUGAUUAUGUAGUAUUUAACCUUUGUGGUGAGGACAGACUGGCAGACGGAUCAGGAAAAGAAUCAGUUAAGAAUGAAAGAGUAUGAGGAGAUUGUUGCCUUUUUGGAUCAGUGGGGAUGUUUUCAAAAAGUCGUCUUUUUUUUGCUCUGUGUGAGCAUUAUCCCCAAUGGAUUUGGUGCUUUCAAUCUUGUUUUUCUGACUGAUGUACCAGAUCACCACUGCUUCCUACCGGACCUCAAUGUCUCAGAGGAGUGGAGGAAAAGCAUUAUACCAAAAACAUUUGACUUGGUGUGCGAUGACCAAUGGGUGCAGCCAUUUACUACUUCAGUUUUCUUUAUUGGAGUUCUUGUUGGAUCCUUCUUCUCCGGACAGCUGUCAGACAGGUAUGGACGGAAACCUAUUCUAUUUGCAACAUUGGCUGCACAAAUAAUAUUUACCUUUGCUCAAGUCUUUUCUACCUCAUGGACCAUGUUUGUUAUUCUCCUCUUCUUCAAUGGACUGGGACAAAUAUCCAACUUUGUUGCAGCUUUAGUUCUUGGUGCUGAGGUUUUGACUGAUAAAAUACGUAUCCUUUAUUCAUCUAUGGGCACAUGCUUAGGUUUUGCUGUUGGAUACAUGCUGCUUCCUGUUGUCGCUUACUUUCUGAGGGACUGGAAAUCUCUCCUCGUGGCUCUCUCUCUCCCUUGUCUGGUCUACAUCCCCCUCUGGUGGCUUCUCCCAGAGUCUCCUCGAUGGCUUCUCUCUCAAGGCCGAGUAAAGGAAGCCGAGGCUGUAAUCAGAAAAGCUGCUCGAUGGAACAAAGUUCAAACUCCAACUGUCAUCUUUGAAACUGAUAGUGUAAUUAACACAAAAUCUGACAAGAAACCAAGCGGCGUGUUGGACCUUUUCAGGAUCAGCAGCAUCAGAAUCACAACUCUCAUCCUCCUCUUCUUUCCAGUGUUUUGUACCUGGAAAGAAAGGUACAAAACACCUUUCUCUCUGGGAGCUGUUGCCGCCUUUGUUGCUCUUUUGCUUCUAGAGACUUUCAAGCAACCACUGCCUGAAACCCUUCAACAAAUGCAUAAAAGACAAAGGACCAAAUGUCCCUGUAUCCAAAAAACCGAAGCCUCAGAACCAGUUGUGUUGUCAGACAGUCCUCUGUGACUGAGUGUUGCUGGUUCAGCUUUAAAAUCUUUUUUUCAACACUUCCAGAAGUAUUUUUUUUCUUUCUGAAUUACAUUGGACCUCCUCAACAGUUUUGUUGCUGUUCAUGUUAAACAAACAUUUCUAUGUCUUAAAAUUUGUGAACUUAAGGAAAGGUCAUCCUUAGUUCUCCCUGAGUUUAUCACUACAACAUAUACAGUUGGGUUCUCU